GCCAGCCCCGCCCCGGCGGAGUCCGCCCCGCACGGCCAGUCAGGCCCAGCUGCCGCCCGGCCAGGCUCCCCGCAGCAGCGGCUCGAUCGUCGCCCGCUGGGAUGGCCGGCUACCUGCGGGUCGUGCGUGCGCUCUGCAGAGCCCCGGGCUCGGGCCCGGCCUGGGCGCCCGCGGCCCUGGCCACCCCCGCCGUGCAGGAGCAGCCGCGGCGCCACUAUGCUGACAAGAGGAUCAAGGUGGCGAAGCCGGUGGUGGAGAUGGACGGUGAUGAGAUGACCCGUAUUAUCUGGCAGUUCAUCAAGGAGAAGCUCAUUCUGCCCCACGUGGAUGUCCAGCUAAAGUAUUUUGACCUUGGCCUUCCCAACCGUGACCAGACUGACGACCAGGUCACCAUUGACUCUGCGUUGGCCACCCAGAAGUACAGCGUGGCUGUCAAGUGUGCCACCAUCACCCCCGAUGAGGCCCGCGUGGAAGAGUUCAAGCUGAAGAAGAUGUGGAAAAGUCCUAAUGGAACCAUCCGGAACAUCCUUGGGGGGACUGUCUUCCGGGAGCCCAUCAUUUGCAAAAACAUCCCACGCCUCGUCCCUGGCUGGACUAAGCCUAUCACCAUUGGCAGGCAUGCCCACGGUGACCAGUACAAGGCCACAGACUUCGUGGUGGACCGGGCCGGCACGUUCAAGAUGGUCUUCACCCCGAAAGACGGCAGCGGUGCCAAGGAGUGGGAGGUGUACAACUUCCCUGCGGGCGGCGUGGGCAUGGGCAUGUACAACACGGAUGAGUCCAUCUCGGGUUUUGCACACAGCUGCUUCCAGUAUGCCAUCCAGAAGAAGUGGCCACUGUACAUGAGCACCAAGAACACCAUUCUGAAAGCCUACGACGGCCGUUUCAAGGAUAUCUUCCAGGAGAUCUUUGACAAGCACUAUAAGACUGACUUCGACAAGAAUAAGAUCUGGUACGAGCACCGGCUCAUUGACGACAUGGUGGCUCAGGUCCUCAAGUCUUCCGGCGGCUUUGUGUGGGCCUGCAAGAACUAUGAUGGAGACGUGCAGUCGGAUAUCCUGGCCCAGGGUUUUGGCUCCCUUGGCCUGAUGACGUCUGUGCUAGUCUGUCCUGAUGGGAAGACCAUCGAGGCUGAGGCUGCUCAUGGGACCGUCACCCGCCACUAUCGGGAGCACCAGAAGGGCCGGCCCACCAGCACCAACCCCAUCGCCAGCAUCUUUGCCUGGACGCGUGGCCUGGAGCACCGGGGAAAGCUAGAUGGGAACCAGGACCUUAUCAGGUUUGCCCAGACCCUGGAGAAGGUAUGUGUGGAGACAGUGGAGAGCGGAGCCAUGACCAAAGACCUGGCAGGCUGCAUCCACGGCCUCAGCAAUGUGAAGUUGAACGAGCACUUCCUGAACACCACAGACUUCCUGGAUACCAUCAAGAGCAACUUGGACAGAGCUCUGGGCAAGCAGUAGGGGCAGGCGCUGGCCCGCCUACUGCGGUGGACGGGCUGAACCGAGCCGGCCGCGGUGGAGGGUGAGCCUCACAGCCCCCCUCUGGAGGCCUUUCUAGGGGACAUUUUUUAUAAGUAAGAUGUUUUUUAAAGUGUAUGUGUUUCCCCUCAUGGUGACGUGAGGCAGGAACGGUGUGUUUUACCUCAGCCAGUCAGUAUGUUUUGCAUACUGUAAUUUAUACUGCCCUUGGAACACAUGGUGCCAUAUUUAGCUACUAAAAAGCUCUUCACAAAA